CAAGCCGCGUUUUUCAGGCUCCACUCCAUCCCAUCCCCUCCCCUCCCUCACUUCACGCUCUCUCUCUCUCUCUGUAUACUUCUCUCUUUCUCUCUCCUCAUAGUCAGAGGAAGAAGAAGAGGAGGGAGAGGAGGAUUUCAUUCCCAGUGCAAGUUGGGGCCUCCGAUUUCUGCGUCUGCCCAUCAUUCCUUCCUCUCUCCUCCUCCUCCUCCUUCAUUUCUGCUAAUUGGGAGGAUCCCCAGAACAAAUAUCUUCGUCCCUGCACUGCAACUCUCUGCUUUCUUCCCUGUCUGCUUUCAGUGACACAGCGGAAGAUCUGCUCCUCUGUACUGAAGUCUGUACGCCCCGAAAGGAAACCGGACGAGACCCUCCAUCCAAACCGAGAAGUGAAAGAUUCUCGAGCUCAUUUAGACUGUCUUCCUUCCAUUUUCAUCAUUUACCCCACUCUUCUUGACAUUCGUCACUCGAUCUCCCCACUCAGAGUCUGCUUUUCCUAUCUACUGUCGUCACUCUGACUGCUCGAAAUCAGUGAUACCCAUCUCCCGGAACAGACCCCAGAAACGGGUGAAUCGGGAUUUCUGUUCUACUGUCGACUACAGGAAUGGGGAAGACGGCGACGGCUAACAGGGAUUGGACGCAGAUCUACGCCAUCUACGGCAUGGACCAGUGGCAGACGCUAGUCUUCCUCUCCCUCCACGCCGCCCUCUUCUCCCUCAUGUCCGUCCUCUUCCUUGUCUACUUCGAUCCGAUCUGCACCCGCUUCGAGGCCUUCCUCUCCUCCCCAGCUGGGGCGAGGUUUGCCGCCGGCUUCACCGGCUCCGUCACGGCGAUCUCCGCCGUCUGCUUGUUCUACGCCGCCGGGAACUUCUUCUACUCCGCGGUGCCCCUGCACCACGAGAUGGCCCACCGGAUGGUCGGCGCCGUCGGCGACUGGUCGAUGGUGAGGAGCGCGCUCGACCUUGGGUGCGGCCGAGGCAUACUGCUCAAUGCUGUGGCCACUCAGCUGAAGAAGACUGGCAGCUCGGGUCGGGUCGUCGGGUUGGCCCAGGGGAAGACCACUGCCCUCUCCACCUUGAGGACAGCUAAAAUGGAAGGUGUACAAGAAUAUGUUACGUGCCGGGAAGGCGAUGUGAGGAGUCUGCCCUUUCCGGACAAUUACUUCGAUGUGGUGACAUCGGCCGUGUUUGUGCACACGGUGGGGAAGGAGCAUGGGGCUCGUACGGUGGAGGCCGCGGCCGAGAGGAUGAGGGUGCUGGGGGAGCUGGUUAGGGUUCUGAGGCCAGGUGGGGUCGGUGUGGUGUGGGACCUCCUCCACGCGCCGGAGUACGUCCGGAGGCUCCAGGAGCUGAGAAUGGAGGAUAUCCGGGUCUCCGAGCGCGUGACCGCCUUCAUGGUCAGCAGCCACAUCGUCACGUUCAGGAAGCCCGAUCAGCAUGUGCUCGGCAUUGGGGAAGUCCGACUGGACUGGAGAUGCUGAUGUGGCAUCGCCGUGGAAAUUAUAAUAGCAACUACUAAAAAAAGAGGGGGAAAUACAUAAACAAAAGAGGAGGAUGGUAAUGCUUUUUUCUUUUUUUUUUUUCCUCCCAAAGUUUUCUGAAGAAAUCUGGGUAGGCGAAGUCGAUCCAGAUGCGUCGUUGCGAACGACAUGGAAGCGUGAUGUCGUGGGUUCUUAUAGACAUAUAUAAUUAUUAAUAGGUGAAAUCUAAAGCGCGAGGAAUACAUACUGAUCGAGAAAUGUAAUGUACGACUAGGAAUGUUCCCGGGUUAUCAGAAAUGAAAUCUUCGAUACGAAGAGUCAUUUCGAGUUCUGAAAAUCUGAUGUGCAUAGUAUGUAUGGGGGGUAUUCAGAAGGCUCUUCUUGUGUGUCUGUCUUCUGCCGAUAAGAAACCUUUGUACAAAAGAAAGUUCAUGAAUGAAUAGAUAAAGUAUGAGAUGCAUCAGUUUUUACAAAU